AUGUGCGGCAUCUUCUUUUCCAUUGCGAAACACCGUCCUAUUCUACCCGAUUCUCUCACGGUAGACGAGCUCAACGCACGUGGACCAGACAGCUACAGAGAGCUGGAUGUCAGACUUCCUACUCCGCGAUCGGACGAACUGCACCUCACAUUUGUUUCUUCCGUCCUAGCAUUGCGAGGAGAUUCUGUCCAGAGCCAACCCCUCCAGGAUCGCGCUUCAGGGUCCAUCCUCUGCUGGAAUGGCGAGGCGUGGAAAGUGGAUGGAGUCAGAGUGGAAGGAAAUGACUCGGUGCAGAUUUUUGAUCUUCUCUUGCGUGCCUCUCAUUCAAGUCAAAGCGGUGGCUACCAGCAGCGCAUUGCUCAGGCGCUGACAAACAUAGCCGGGCCUUUUGCCUUCGUCUUCUACGAUGCUCCUCGUUCAACCGUCUACUAUGGGAGAGAUCGGCUAGGGCGCCGCUCUCUGCUCACCAAUCAUGGCGAUGAAGACUCACUGACGCUGUGUAGCGUCGGCACUCCGCCUGUCGAUGUGCUGGACGAAGAAGUGUCCACAGAUGCAAUCCAUUUUAUCUCUUUGGGGCACGGUGAAAUAACUCGGGGCGAGCUUCCAUGGCAGAACAUGUCCCCCAUAAUCAACAAGGCCGGUCCUUUGGAGCUUCUUGAAUUGAUUCCGACUUCGAGGAGUGUCGACCGCUUCCUGGAGUUAUUGACUGGUGCUCUUGAACUAAGACUUCUGGACAUUCCGAAUCACGACCACAAUCACAUCAUGCCACAGUCCACGAAGGUCGCCAUACUCUUUUCGGGAGGUCUAGACUGUACACUGCUCGCUCGCCUUGCGCAUGAUCUUCUGCCCAAAUCGGAAGCUAUAGAUUUGUUAAAUGUGGCCUUUGAAAACCCACGGUCAAUGGCGGCAACGAACAAAACCACAGAUUCGCCCUACGAGCUCUGUCCCGAUAGGGCCACCGGUCGCUCCAGCUUUGCAGAACUUUGUGAAGCAUGCCCAGACCGAGAGUGGAGGUUCGUGGCAGUUGAUGUGCCUUAUCAGCACUCAAAAGCCUAUAAAGCCAGGAUUCAACGGCUCAUGCACCCUCACAAGACGGAGAUGGAUUUGUCUAUCACCAUGGCGCUCUUCUUUGCUGCUCAGGGAGUAGGGAAUUUAUUCAAAAAGACGGAGGUACAGCAGACAACCAAGGAGCUUUAUGCCUCCCACGCUCGAGUCCUGCUUUCCGGUCUAGGAGCAGAUGAGUUAUAUGCAGGAUAUUCGCGACAUGCUGCAGCCUUUGGUCGGGGAGCAUUUGCUGCCUUGGCAGAGGAACUCGAGCUAGAUUUCAAUCGAAUCGGAUCUCGCAACUUGGGUCGGGAUGACCGGGUCAUGAGUCAUUGGGGUAAAGAGGUGCGUUACCCUUAUCUAGAUGAAGAUUUGGUGAGGUUUUCUCUAGGUCUUCCGGUGUGGGAAAAGUGUGGUUUCAGAUCGUCAAAAAGGGUUCCCAAGCACUACGAGGAAGUCGGCCGUGUCGAGAAGCCCGAGGAUCUUGAACCUUCAAAGAUGCUGUUGAGACUAGCUAUGUGGAAGCUAGGCAUGCGGAGUGUUGCUUCAGAAAGGAAGAGGGCCAUCCAAUUCGGGGCCAGGACUGCAAAAAUGGAUGUUGGUCAAGGAAGGACAAAGGGGACGGACGUUUUGGCCAUUGGAGGCUGA